ACGGGGAACUCGGGCGCCGCUGGGGCGUUUUCUCCGGAUUGCGCCGCGCCCUGGCUUCCUGCCGGGGAGGGGCUGCCAGUCUUCGGCGGGCUCGCGAGCAUCGAGAGCUGGGGCCAGAGCAGCUUCCUGCAGGACCCAGAAACCAUAGAGCGCGGGCCCAGGGCGCCGCCCGCGGGUGGGGGACGCGCCGGGGACGGAAGUGGCCGAGUGUGGCGAAGGGAGGGCGAGGCCGGAGCCGGAGAGCGGCCCGGAGGACGAGCAGGGCCGGCGGGCGGGGCGCGGAGCCGGGCAGCGCAGGUGUAGCCAGGCCGCAGAGGAGACACCGCCACCAUGGUCGCACUUUCGCUGAAGAUCAGCAUCGGGAAUGUGGUGAAGACGAUGCAGUUUGAGCCGUCCACCAUGGUGUAUGACGCCUGCCGCAUGAUUCGGGAGCGGAUCCCGGAGGCGCUGGUCGGCCCUCCCAGCGACUUCGGGCUGUUUCUGUCGGAUGAUGACCCCAAAAAGGGCAUAUGGCUGGAGGCCGGAAAGGCUUUAGAUUACUACAUGCUCCGGAAUGGGGACACCAUGGAGUACAGGAAGAAACAGAGACCCCUGAAGAUCCGGAUGCUAGACGGGACUGUGAAGACCAUCAUGGUGGACGACUCCAAAACGGUCACCGACAUGCUCAUGACCAUAUGUGCCCGCAUCGGCAUCACCAACCAUGACGAGUAUUCACUGGUCCGAGAACUGAUGGAAGAGAAAAAGGAAGAGGUGACAGGGACCCUACGAAAGGACAAGACACUGCUGCGAGAUGAAAAGAAGAUGGAGAAACUGAAGCAGAAAUUGCACACCGACGACGAGUUGAACUGGCUGGACCACGGCCGGACGCUCAGGGAGCAGGGGGUGGAGGAGCACGAGACGCUGCUGCUGCGGAGGAAGUUCUUCUACUCGGACCAGAACGUGGACUCUCGCGACCCUGUCCAGCUGAACCUGCUUUACGUGCAGGCGCGAGAUGACAUCUUGAACGGCUCCCAUCCUGUCUCCUUCGACAAGGCCUGUGAGUUCGCUGGCUUCCAGUGCCAGAUCCAGUUUGGGCCCCACAAUGAGCAGAAGCACAAAGCUGGCUUCCUUGACCUGAAGGACUUCCUGCCCAAGGAGUAUGUGAAGCAGAAGGGAGAGCGUAAGAUCUUCCAGGCACACAAGAAUUGUGGGCAGAUGAGUGAAAUUGAGGCCAAGGUGCGCUAUGUGAAGCUAGCCCGUUCCCUCAAGACUUACGGUGUCUCCUUCUUCCUGGUUAAGGAAAAGAUGAAAGGGAAGAACAAGCUCGUGCCCAGGCUUCUGGGCAUCACCAAGGAGUGUGUGAUGCGAGUGGAUGAGAAGACCAAGGAGGUGAUCCAGGAGUGGAACCUCACCAACAUCAAGCGCUGGGCCGCCUCUCCUAAGAGCUUCACCCUGGAUUUUGGGGAUUACCAGGACGGCUACUACUCAGUGCAGACCACUGAGGGCGAGCAGAUUGCACAGCUCAUCGCCGGCUACAUCGAUAUCAUCCUGAAGAAGAAAAAAAGCAAGGAUCACUUUGGGCUGGAAGGAGACGAGGAGUCUACUAUGCUGGAGGACUCUGUGUCCCCCAAAAAGUCAACUGUCCUCCAGCAGCAGUACAACCGGGUGGGGAAAGUGGAGCACGGCUCCGUGGCCCUGCCCGCCAUCAUGCGCUCUGGAGCUUCUGGUCCGGAGAAUUUCCAGGUGGGCAGCAUGCCCCCUGCCCAGCAGCAGAUCACCAGCGGCCAGAUGCACCGGGGACACAUGCCUCCUCUGACCUCCGCCCAGCAGGCCCUCACUGGAACCAUUAACUCCAGCAUGCAGGCUGUGCAGGCUGCCCAGGCUACCCUGGACGACUUUGACACUUUGCCGCCUCUUGGCCAGGAUGCUGCCUCGAAGGCCUGGCGUAAGAACAAGAUGGACGAAUCAAAGCAUGAGAUCCACUCCCAGGUAGAUGCCAUCACAGCUGGUACUGCCUCCGUGGUGAACCUGACAGCUGGGGACCCUGCAGAGACAGACUAUACCGCAGUGGGCUGUGCUGUCACGACCAUCUCCUCCAACCUAACGGAGAUGUCCCGGGGUGUGAAGUUGCUGGCUGCCUUGCUGGAGGAUGAAGGCGGCAGCGGCCGGCCCCUGCUGCAGGCAGCAAAGGGUCUUGCGGGAGCAGUGUCUGAACUGCUGCGCAGUGCCCAGCCUGCCAGUGCUGAGCCCCGUCAGAACCUGCUGCAAGCAGCUGGGAACGUGGGCCAGGCCAGUGGGGAGCUGUUGCAGCAAAUUGGGGAAAGUGAUACUGACCCCCACUUCCAGGACACACUGAUGCAGCUGGCUAAGGCGGUGGCAAGUGCCGCGGCCGCCCUGGUCCUCAAGGCCAAGAGCGUGGCUCAGCGGACAGAGGACUCGGCACUUCAGACCCAAGUUAUUGCUGCAGCAACACAGUGUGCCCUGUCUACCUCCCAACUGGUGGCCUGCACCAAGGUGGUGGCCCCUACGAUCAGCUCACCGGUCUGCCAAGAACAGCUGGUAGAGGCAGGACGGCUGGUGGCCAAAGCCGUGGAGGGCUGUGUGUCUGCCUCCCAGGCAGCCACAGAGGAUGGGCAGCUCUUGCGAGGGGUGGGAGCAGCAGCCACGGCUGUCACCCAGGCCCUGAACGAGCUGCUGCAGCACGUGAAGGCCCAUGCAACAGGGGCUGGGCCUGCUGGCCGUUACGACCAGGCCACGGACACCAUCUUGACUGUCACUGAGAACAUCUUCAGCUCCAUGGGUGAUGCUGGGGAGAUGGUACGACAAGCCCGCAUCCUGGCCCAAGCCACCUCCGACCUGGUGAAUGCCAUCAAGGCCGAUGCCGAGGGGGAGAGCGACCUGGAGAACUCCCGCAAGCUCUUAAGUGCCGCCAAGAUCCUGGCUGAUGCCACAGCCAAGAUGGUGGAGGCUGCCAAGGGAGCUGCUGCCCACCCAGACAGUGAGGAGCAGCAGCAGCGGCUGAGGGAGGCAGCCGAGGGGCUCCGCAUGGCCACCAACGCAGCGGCCCAGAACGCCAUCAAGAAGAAGCUGGUGCAGCGCCUGGAGCAUGCAGCCAAGCAGGCUGCAGCCUCAGCUACCCAGACUAUCGCCGCAGCCCAACACGCAGCCUCCGCCCCCAAGGCCUCUGCCGGCCCCCAGCCCCUGCUGGUGCAGAGCUGCAAGGCUGUGGCAGAGCAGAUUCCGCUGCUGGUGCAGGGCGUCCGAGGGAGCCAAGCUCAGCCCGACAGCCCCAGUGCUCAGCUAGCCCUCAUUGCUGCCAGCCAGAGCUUCCUACAGCCAGGUGGGAAGAUGGUGGCAGCUGCGAAGGCCUCAGUGCCGACCAUUCAGGACCAGGCCUCGGCCAUGCAGCUGAGUCAGUGUGCUAAGAACCUGGGCACCGCGCUGGCUGAACUCCGUACUGCUGCCCAGAAGGCUCAGGAAGCGUGUGGGCCUCUGGAGAUGGACUCUGCACUGAGCGUGGUCCAGAAUCUAGAGAAAGACCUGCAGGAAGUGAAGGCAGCGGCUCGGGACGGGAAGCUUAAGCCCUUACCUGGGGAGACAAUGGAGAAGUGUGCCCAGGACCUGGGCACCAGCACUAAGGCAGUGAGCUCCGCCAUUGCCCAGCUGCUGGGAGAGGUCGCCCAGGGCAAUGAGAACUAUGCAGGUAUUGCUGCGCGAGAUGUGGCAGGUGGGCUGCGGUCCCUGGCCCAGGCCGCUAGGGGCGUAGCUGCCCUGACAACAGAUCCUGCGGUACAGGCCAUUGUGCUGGACACAGCCAGCGAUGUACUGGACAAGGCCAGCAGCCUCCUUGAGGAGGCAAAGAAGGCAGCUGGCCACCCAGGGGACCCCGAGAGCCAGCAGCGGCUUGCCCAGGUGGCUAAAGCCGUGACCCAGGCGCUGAACCGCUGUGUCAGCUGCCUGCCUGGCCAGCGAGAUGUGGAUAAUGCCCUGAGAGCAGUUGGGGACGCCAGCAAACGCCUUCUGAGUGACUCGCUUCCUCCCAGCACUGGGACAUUUCAAGAAGCUCAGAGCCGGUUGAAUGAAGCCGCCGCUGGGCUGAAUCAGGCAGCCACAGAACUGGUGCAGGCCUCCCGGGGGACUCCUCAGGACCUGGCUCGAGCCUCAGGCCGAUUUGGACAGGACUUCAGCACUUUCCUGGAAGCUGGCGUGGAGAUGGCAGGACAGGCUCCGAGUCAAGAAGACCGGGCUCAGGUCGUGUCCAACUUGAAGGGCAUCUCCAUGUCUUCAAGUAAACUACUUCUUGCUGCCAAGGCGCUGUCCACAGAUCCUGCUGCCCCCAACCUCAAGAGUCAGCUGGCUGCAGCUGCCAGGGCAGUGACUGACAGUAUCAACCAGCUCAUCACCAUGUGCACCCAGCAGGCGCCCGGCCAGAAAGAGUGUGACAAUGCCCUGCGGGAAUUGGAGACUGUCCGGGAGCUCCUGGAGAACCCAGUGCAGCCCAUCAAUGACAUGUCCUACUUUGGCUGCCUGGACAGUGUGAUGGAGAACUCCAAGGUGCUGGGUGAGGCCAUGACUGGCAUCUCCCAAAAUGCCAAGAAUGGGAACCUGCCGGAGUUUGGGGAGGCCAUCGCGACAGCCUCCAAGGCCCUCUGUGGCUUCACGGAGGCAGCUGCACAGGCUGCGUAUCUGGUCGGUGUCUCUGAUCCCAACAGUCAAGCUGGACAGCAAGGCCUGGUGGAGCCCACACAGUUUGCCCGUGCAAACCAGGCAAUUCAGAUGGCCUGCCAGAGUCUGGGGGAACCUGGCUGUACCCAGGCCCAGGUGCUCUCUGCAGCCACCAUUGUGGCCAAACACACCUCGGCACUGUGCAACAGCUGCCGCCUGGCUUCGGCCCGGACCGCCAACCCUACCGCCAAGCGCCAGUUUGUGCAGUCAGCUAAGGAAGUGGCCAACAGCACAGCCAAUCUUGUCAAGACCAUCAAGGCUCUGGACGGGGCCUUCACAGAAGAGAACCGUGCCCAGUGCCGAGCAGCAACAGCGCCUCUACUGGAGGCCGUGGACAAUCUCAGUGCCUUUGCGUCCAAUCCUGAGUUCUCCAGCGUCCCUGCCCAGAUCAGCCCUGAGGGUCGGGCUGCCAUGGAGCCCAUUGUGAUCUCUGCCAAGACAAUGUUGGAGAGUGCUGGGGGCCUAAUCCAGACAGCCCGGGCCCUAGCAGUCAAUCCCCGGGACCCCCCUCGCUGGUCGGUGCUGGCUGGCCACUCCCGCACUGUCUCCGACUCAAUCAAGAAGCUUAUCACCAGCAUGAGGGACAAGGCCCCAGGGCAGCUGGAGUGUGAGGCAGCCAUUGCGGCUCUGAACAGUUGUCUGCGGGACCUAGACCAGGCUUCUCUCGCUGCAGUCAGCCAGCAGCUUGCACCCCGGGAGGGAAUCUCUCAAGAGGCCUUGCACACUCAGAUGCUCACUGCAGUGCAGGAGAUCUCCCAUCUCAUUGAGCCUCUGGCCAGUGCUGCCCGGGCGGAAGCCUCCCAGCUGGGACACAAGGUAUCCCAGAUGGCACAGUAUUUUGAGCCACUCACCUUGGCUGCAGUGGGUGCUGCCUCCAAGACCUUGAGCCACCCUCAGCAGAUGGCACUCCUGGACCAAACCAAAACGCUAGCAGAGUCAGCCCUGCAGUUGCUGUACACGGCCAAGGAGGCUGGUGGAAACCCCAAGCAAGCAGCUCACACCCAGGAAGCCCUGGAGGAGGCCGUGCAGAUGAUGACAGAGGCCGUAGAAGACCUGACCACAACCCUCAACGAGGCAGCCAGUGCUGCCGGGGUCGUUGGCUGCAUGGUGGACUCCAUCACACAGGCCAUCAACCAGCUGGAUGAAGGACCAAUGGGUGAGCCAGAAGGUUCCUUCGUGGAUUACCAGACAACCAUGGUGCGGACAGCCAAGGCCAUUGCCGUCACCGUUCAGGAGAUGGUAACCAAAUCAAACACCAGCCCCGAGGAGCUGGGCCCUCUGGCCAACCAGCUGACAAGUGACUACGGCCGUCUGGCCUCCGAGGCUAAGCCUGCAGCUGUGGCUGCUGAGAGUGAAGAGAUAGGGGCCCACAUCAAGCAUCGGGUACAGGAGCUGGGCCACGGCUGUGCUGCUCUGGUCACCAAGGCAGGCGCCUUGCAAUGCAGCCCCAGUGACGCCUACACCAAGAAGGAGCUCAUCGAGUGUGCCCGGAGAGUCUCUGAGAAGGUCUCCCACGUCCUCGCUGCGCUCCAGGCUGGGAACCGUGGCACCCAGGCGUGCAUCACAGCAGCCAGUGCUGUGUCUGGCAUCAUUGCGGACCUUGACACCACCAUCAUGUUUGCCACGGCCGGCACACUCAAUCGUGAGGGCGCCGAAACGUUCGCUGACCACCGGGAGGGCAUCCUGAAGACUGCCAAGGUGCUGGUGGAGGACACCAAGGUCCUGGUGCAGAAUGCUGCCGGGAGCCAGGAGAAGUUGGCACAGGCUGCCCAGUCCUCCGUGGCCACCAUCACCCGCCUCGCAGACGUGGUCAAGCUGGGUGCAGCCAGUCUGGGAGCCGAGGACCCUGAGACCCAGGUGGUGUUGAUCAAUGCAGUCAAAGAUGUGGCCAAGGCCUUGGGCGACCUCAUCAGUGCAACAAAGGCCGCAGCUGGCAAAGUCGGGGAUGACCCUGCUGUGUGGCAGCUCAAGAACUCUGCCAAGGUGAUGGUGACCAAUGUGACAUCAUUGCUCAAGACAGUGAAAGCUGUAGAAGAUGAGGCCACCAAAGGCACACGUGCCCUGGAGGCCACCACGGAGCACAUACGGCAGGAACUGGCGGUUUUCUGUUCCCCAGAGCCACCUGCCAAGACUUCUACCCCAGAAGAUUUUAUCCGAAUGACCAAGGGUAUCACCAUGGCAACAGCCAAGGCUGUUGCUGCAGGCAAUUCCUGUCGCCAGGAAGAUGUCAUAGCCACAGCCAAUCUGAGUCGGCGCGCUAUUGCAGAUAUGCUCCGGGCUUGCAAGGAAGCAGCUUACCACCCUGAAGUGGCUCCUGACGUGCGGCUCCGAGCCCUGCGCUAUGGCCGGGAGUGUGCCAAUGGCUACCUGGAGCUGCUGGACCAUGUACUACUGACGCUGCAGAAGCCAAGUCCGGAGCUGAAGCAGCAGCUGACGGGACACUCGAAGCGCGUGGCUGGCUCCGUGACGGAGCUCAUCCAGGCUGCUGAGGCCAUGAAGGGAACAGAAUGGGUGGACCCAGAAGACCCCACGGUCAUUGCUGAAAACGAGCUCCUGGGAGCUGCAGCUGCCAUUGAGGCCGCGGCCAAAAAGCUGGAGCAGCUGAAGCCCCGUGCCAAGCCCAAGGAGGCAGACGAGUCCCUGAACUUUGAGGAGCAGAUACUGGAGGCUGCCAAGUCCAUUGCAGCAGCCACCAGUGCCCUGGUAAAGGCCGCUUCCGCUGCCCAGAGGGAACUGGUGGCCCAAGGAAAGGUGGGCGCCAUCCCAGCCAAUGCACUGGACGAUGGACAGUGGUCCCAGGGCCUCAUUUCUGCUGCCAGGAUGGUGGCCGCUGCCACCAACAACCUGUGUGAGGCAGCCAAUGCCGCCGUCCAGGGCCACGCCAGCCAAGAGAAGCUCAUCUCAUCCGCCAAGCAGGUCGCGGCCUCCACAGCCCAGCUCCUUGUGGCCUGCAAAGUCAAGGCUGACCAGGACUCGGAGGCCAUGAAGCGGCUGCAGGCUGCCGGCAACGCGGUGAAGCGAGCCUCCGACAACCUGGUGAAGGCGGCCCAGAAGGCCGCAGCCUUUGAAGACCAGGAGAAUGAGACGGUGGUGGUGAAGGAGAAGAUGGUCGGGGGCAUUGCCCAGAUCAUCGCAGCGCAGGAGGAGAUGCUUCGGAAGGAGCGGGAGCUGGAGGAGGCGCGGAAGAAGCUGGCCCAGAUCCGGCAGCAGCAGUACAAGUUCCUGCCUUCAGAGCUGCGCGACGAGCACUAGCCGCUUCUAUUUAAUGCGUCCCGGCCCAGAGACUGUGCUGCCACUACCAAAGCCUCCUGGACCCCAGCACUCCUCCAAGUGCCUGCCAAACCCGGGCCUGGCCCUGGCCAGUCCCCUGCACAGUCCGCACCUCCCCGAUUCCAAGUGCCUUCAUGCCCUAGGGCCCCCAAGUGCCUGUCCCUCCCCAGAGUAUUAACGCUCCCAGAGUAUUAUUAACGCUGCCGGACCUCCAUCUGAACCUGCCAGGGCCCCAGCCCGCUCCACCCCGCCAGCAGCUUGCAGCCGGUCCCCACAGCCUCAUAAGUCUACUCUUGCUUUUUUGAUACUCUGUCCCCCCCCCCCCCCGGCAGCUGUGGGGGCUGCAGGGUCGUAAGCCCCAAACAGGUUUCUGCUCCAAUAAAAGUGAUUCCACUGACAGCCUUUGCCUGGCUUCGUGAGGAGACGGGAGAGUCCUCCCAGGGCAGCUGGGGAGAGGGGUUGAGAGCUGGAGAUGGGAGUGCUCCAGUCGGCCCCUGAGGUCCCCAAAGUCUCCGGGUCCAGCUGCCCUGCUGGGGGACCCGCACCCCAGCAGCCAGCGCCUCAGCCUCGUUCCACUGCUUGGACAGCAGCUCCCACGGCUCUUCGUGGCUCUGAGUGCGAAGCCACUCAGCGUGUAUGAACAAAUUCAGUCCCUGGAUGGAUUCAAAUCUCAAAAGAAGCUUCGCUAAAAAUAAUAAACCUACGAAGUAGAAGCCUCUCUGCGCGAGAACUGCGGUUGUAGAGUUGGUUGGUGAAGCCGCUGCCAGGCAAAAAGCCCACCCUGGGCCUGCCCCUCUACUAGUCUGGGCCGGGCCACUCCCGCUUAGAGUAGUGCUAGAAGAAAAACACCUGAAAAAGCUGGCCCUGGGCGGGAGUGUUUACAGUGACAGCGCCAGAGCGCCCCUAGUGGCCAGGCAGGUGGGUGCUGCCUGCUUGGCGGAGGGAGGCCGGGAGGCAGUACUCUGGCCAGCCACUGUUUCAUGAGUGACUUUUUUUUUGGUCAGGCCUGCCACUCGGUGUAUUGUUUCCUCUGUACUUCCUCCAAGUGGAACACAAACACCACCCGUCUCUACUACUCUGGACCCCUCCUUCCCCUGCCGGGUGGAAGUGUAUAGCAGGUGGCUUCCCAGGGCAGCCAGUAAGGAUAUUGCCAACUUCCUACCAUCACACCUGUCACCUGUGAUUCAUUCAGUCAAUGUUUACUAAGCCGUACCCAUGCUAAGUACUGGAAAACGGAGAUGUUUUAUCACUUCUCUGACGCAAGGGACUGGCGACCCCAGUGUGGAAUGCCUGGCACUCCAGCCCCAGUCCCUGUCAGCACUGGGAGCCGAGGACCCUGCGGGUCAGAUCCCUGUCCAACUUCCUUGACGAGUUGUAGUCCCGACUCUAGCGUCCUCCGACUGGGAGUCCAGCACAGCAGCCUAAGCCUGCCACUGCUUCCCCUGUCACGUCCUCAGGAACUGGCCAAUCACGCGUCUUCUGCCCGUGAUCCCUUGGGAGCCUCUUGCCGAAGGCUGUAAUACCCACUAGAUCAGCAGUUCUUCAGAUGUGGUUCUCAGACCCCCUUGGGCUUCCUAAGACCCUCUCGGGUCCAUAGAUGACAACUAUACCAAGACAUUAUUUUCCUUCUCACAUAACACCAUUUGCACUGACAGUGUAAAAAAUAUUUGUGGGUAAAAUUGUCUUAGUAGAGUACCGGGUUCACUCCCCAAAUGGCCACAAUGGCCAGAGCUGGGCCAAUCUUAAUCCAGGAGCCAGGAGCUUCUUCCGGGUCUCUCACAUAGAUGCAGGGGCCCAAGCACUUGGGCCAUCUUGCACUGUUUUCCCAGGCCAUUAGCAGAGAGCAGGAUCAGAAGAGGAGCAGCUGGGAUUCAAACUGGUGCCCUGCACUGCAGGUCGAGGCUGAACUUUGUAUGCCACAGUCCCGGACCUGAUGAUUUUCUUAAGGCCAUUCUUUGAGUUGUUACCUGAAGUAGCUGCUUUAUUCUUGGGAAAACUACAUUCAUUCAAAAGAAUGACCAACAGACAAACCAUCUCAACUUGCAGGAAAAGUCUUUUUGCAAAAAGGAAAACACUGGGGUCAGCAUUGUAGCGUAGCGGGUAACACCGCCAUUUGCAGCACCACCAACCCAUAUGGGCACUGGUUGAGUCCUGCUGCUCCACGUCUGAUCCAGCUCCCUGCUAAUGCAUCUGGGAAAACAGCAGAGGAUGGCCCAAGUCUUUGGGCCCCUGAAUCCACAUGGGAGAGUUGGAUGAAUCUCCUGGCUCCUAGCUUUGUCCUGGAACAACCCUGGCCCUGUGGCCAUCUGGGGAGUGAACCAGUGGAUGGAAGAUCUCUCUCUGUGUCUCACCCUCCCUCUGUAACUGUCAAAUAAAUAUUAAGAAAAAGAAAAAAAAA